AUUUUAUUAUUAUGACGUUUGUGCUUUGUGCUGCUAUUUAAUAUUUAUAUCAUAAAUCUUAGGAAUAUUGUUUAUAAUAUUGUUAAAAUGAUGGUUUACGAAUAAGUCCAAACUUCAAUGAAAGUUAUAGAAAUAAUUAUAUAAAUUGUUAAGUGUCUUGUUCAUCUUGUUCAAUCAAAAAGUGAUCAUGAGCAACUCAAUCGUACAAUAUGUUCUUCUGCGAAGCGAUUUACUAAAAGAAUUAGGCUGGUCUAUAGGUGCUUUAGUAGCUCAGGCUUGUCAUGCUUCUACUGCGGCAUUACACUUGUAUAAAGAAGAUAACAACACGAUACAGUAUCUCAAUGAUUUAGAUAAUAUGCAUAAGGUUGUUUUAGAGGUGCCAAAUGAAGAAUCAUUGAAGAAAGUAGCUGAAAAAUUAAAAGAAAAUUCUAUUGACCAUAAAUUAUGGAUUGAACAGCCAGAAAAUAUUCCAACAUGUUUGGCACUAAAACCUUACCCUAAAGAUGAAGUCAAAAAGUUUGUUGGUAAAUUUAAAUUGUAUAAAGAAACUUUAAAUGCUUAGAGAAAACUGUAAAAUAAUAAUAAUACCUGUAAAACAUUUAUUUUAUGAAAUACAACUUAAUAUGAGCCUUA